GGAGUUUCAGUUUGGAUUAUGGGCUCAAAUUCUGACGUGGGACUUGACACUUCCAAUUUGUUGGGAGGGCACUCCCCCACUGAAGCACCGCUGAGGGUUUCCAUCGCUCUGUGUCCGUAUAAUGCAACAGUGUGCCAUACAAUAAGUGGAAUGGCCGUGAUCUAGGGGCUAUGUGUGAGGUACACUAAGAGGUGUGAUCUGAUAUUGUUACGGCUGUGAAACAUUAAGCACUUUGUGCUAGUCCUCCGCCGCCCGUUUUGUUUCACUCUCUCGCCUCUGCCAGUCCCGCUCUCAUUGGUUCCGCUGUCGCUGAGGAGGUCAUUUCUCCUGUCGAGGAACGGGACAGAAGGGAACCGGUUCGUCGGCCAGUGUCUCCCCGGCUAGAGCCUCGCCCAAUGCCGCGGGAGGAGUGAGGACACAGCGGCUUCCCCUCUCAGCUCGGACUGCAGUUAGAAAGACAUCAGCUUUCAGACAUCCCAGAAGCCUGAAUUUAUUCUGCACUGCCGUCGAAACUUGCCAGCUGUUUGCUGACUGACACUCAGUUUGGAUCCUACCAGGACCACUGGGCUCCAGACUUGGUCCAAACAAAAGAGCUAAUUUCUACAGAUCCUACUGUGUAUUGUUCUUGGAAACGUUUCAUCCUGAAUAUUGAUGAUGCCAUUUAGUUUAGUGCUGCUAUUUGCCUUCAUUCUUGGGGCUUCCUGUGCUCUCAAUGCUUUUGCCCCCCAGCACAGCUCUUCGGAUCCUUGUUAUGAUGAAGGAGGGCAGCCUAAGCGCUGCAUUCCUGAUUUUGUCAAUGCUGGCUUUGCCAGGGAAGUGCAGGUGUCCAGCACGUGUGGGAGGCCUCCAAACAGAUAUUGCUUCUUCAAUGAGAAGAUGGGUGUGAAGACUAAGAUGUGUCAGAUCUGCGAUGCUUCUGAUCCCAAGAACGCUCACCCUGCCACCUACCUGACCGAUUUAAACAAUGCUCAUAACCUCAGCUGUUGGCAGUCAGAAGAGUUUUACAAUCCCAUGCACAAUGUUACACUGACUCUCUCUCUGAAUAAGAAAUUUGAAAUUACUUAUGUCAGUUUGCAGUUUUGCUCUCCUCGGCCAGAGUCUAUGGGGAUAUUUAAAUCGAUGGACUAUGGGAAGAACUGGGUUCCCUUUCAGUAUUAUUCCUCACAGUGCCGCAAGAUGUACAAUAAGCCAAACAAAGCAAUUAUUUCCAAGCAGAAUGAGCAAGAAGCUCUCUGUACAGAUGGAUACACCGACCUCUACCCUUUGACAGGGGGGUUGAUUGCAUUCAGCACCCUCGAUGGACGACCCUCUGCCCAAGACUUUGACAGCAGUCCAGUCCUGCAGGAUUGGGUGACAGCCACAGAUAUUCGGGUGGUGUUCAGCAGGCCUCACCUCCAGCGGGAGCUAGACAGACAUUACAGUGGCAGAGACGGGAAGGAGGACGAGGGGAGUAUGGUGAGAGAGGCCUACCAUUACGCAGUGGCUGACUUGCAGGUCGGUGGGCGCUGCAAGUGUAACGGGCAUGCUUCACGCUGCGUCAAAGACAAAGAGGGCAAUCUGGUUUGUGACUGUAAACACAACACCGCUGGGCCAGAGUGUGACAGGUGCAAACCCUUUCACUAUGACCGACCGUGGCAAAGAGCAACUCUUAGAGAAGCGAAUGAAUGCUUGGCUUGUAGCUGCAAUCUACAUGCCCGGAGGUGCCGAUUCAACAUGGAGCUGUACAAACUCUCUGGACGAAAGAGUGGAGGUGUUUGUUUAAAUUGUCGGCACAACACUGCAGGUCGACAUUGCCAUUACUGCAAGGAAGGAUUUUAUCGAGACCUCACCAAAGUCAUUACUCACCGAAAGGCAUGCAGAGCUUGUGACUGUCAUCCUGUUGGUGCAGCUGGUAAAACCUGCAAUCAGACAACAGGACAGUGUCCAUGCAAGGAUGGUGUGACUGGCAUCACAUGCAACCGUUGUGCUAAGGGUUACCAACAGAGCCGAUCUCCAGUUGCUCCUUGUAUCAAGAUCCCGACUGUAUCUCCGCGGUGGGUGGCUAGUAGCACAGAGGAGCCUGCAGACUGUGAAUCCUACUGCAAACCAGUGAAAGGAAACCUGAAGAUCAACAUGAAAAAGUACUGCAAGAAAGACUAUGCUGUUCAGGUUAAUGUUCUAGAUAUGGAGACAGUAAAUGAAUGGGCAAAGUUCACCGUGAAUAUUGUGUCUGUUUUUCGAAGCAGAGAUGAAAAGAUUAAACGGGCAGACCAGUUCCUAUGGAUUAAUAUGAAAGACUUGGCAUGCAAGUGCCCAAAGAUCCAAAUGACCAAAAAGUACCUAGUGAUGGGGAACACUGACAGCGUGGCUGAGAGGCUUGGAGGCCUAGUGGCAGAUAAGAACAGCCUUGUCAUUCAGUGGCGAGAUGUGUGGACAAGAAGACUGCGGAAAUUCCAACGUAAAGAGAAAAAAGGGAAAUGUGGGAAAGCCUGACUGACUCAUUCAGAAAAAAAAACUCUGUGAGAAGCAUCAUGGGCCACAAUGUAAAUACACUUUGGUUCAAAAUAUUUACCUUUCAGAAGAUGCUGAAGGGCAUUAGACUGUGAGGAGGGGACUAGAGGCUGGAAACUACAUCUUAGUCAGCACAACAAAACAAAGUUGUUGGCUGAAUAUGCUUUUAAAAUUGCUCAAUCCUUUUCUAAAUGUGGUCAUGAUUCCUUUCGCUGGGCUGAAGGUCAGACUGCAAUAUUAGCUUUGUUGUCUGAUUGCAGAGCCCAUGUAGUAUCUGACAAAGGCACAUACUCCCCGUGUCCUAUCCAUUGGUUGGCUGGCUAUUCUUAUUGAAGUCCACCAUACCUCUUUUCUUUUCGCCUGUUAUGACUAACAUAUGAGACAAAAUGUGGUGGUCUAUGUAAGCCUGACAGCUGUGCUGAACGCAGAGUGUAAAUAUGGACAGGUUCCAGGAGUUUUAUAACAGACAAAGCAUUUGGCAUGCAGCAAGUUAUCUGUUAACGUUGUGUAUUUUGAACUGUGGUUUGAAAAUAUCCAAUUUCAAUUAGAUUUUGCAAAGCACGUUAACAUUGUAAAACCCUUUUGUCUGACAUGCAACCUUCAGCCUAAUGAAACAUUUCCUUUUCAGUAUUUCUUUGAUCACCUUGCCAGACAAUCUGUAAUAACAGUGCUGCAGUAUAGUUUACCUUCCAAUAUACUCACCCUAACCUCCCAUAUGCAGUGCUCUCUGAUAUACCCCCAUCACCGUCCAACAUAUAACAUCUUCACCUUCUGAUAUUUACCCUCUUCACCCUUUAAUAUACCUUCCUCGCCCUCCAAUACAUUCUACUGUCCAAGAUACUGUACCUUCCAACACAUCCUCCUCGCUCUCCAAUAUACCAUACCCUCUGACAUACUCUCGUCUACCUCCACCAUACUGUGGAGGUGCCGGUGUUGGACUGGGGUGGACAAGGUCAGAUGUCACACAAUACCAGGUUAUAGUCCAACAGGUUUAUUUG